UAGAGAGAUAGAGAGAGAGAGGGUUUCACAGCCACCAUUUAAGACCAAAUGCGUGCUCAAUAAGCCAUUCUUCAUCUUAGCUCUCACUUCACACGCGCACAAUCUACAUUUUCCCAAACCCUAGAUCUUACUCUUUGAAACCCCACCCCAAUCUCUACGCCACUGACUGAGACUCACUCAGCCCCCCCCAACUCUCUUACACGAAUGAAUACACACGGUGAUACACCCUUUUGAUCUUACUUUCUGUUCCCACAAAUCCCAUUUCUAGAUCUGACUAAUUCAUCCCCGCAGUUCCUACUGACCCAGCUCGGUUUUUCACCUCUCAGCUAACACAAUUCGCCUAAAUUCAGUAAUUUUGUGGGAUCGGUGCGAAGUUUGAACAAAAUAAGGGAAACCCAUUUCAGGUUUUGCAUUGUUCUUCAGAAAUUUGCUAACUUUAUUAUCGUAAAUGUGGAAAAAUUGAAGAAAUUUGUGGUAUUUAAGCUGAUUCCUGCUAGAUUAGGGCAUUGAUUUCGUGGGAUCUGCUUGAAUUGUGCGGGAUUUAGAAUAUAGACGUUCCUUGAUUUAUUGGAUCUGGGAGUACUGAGGCAUGCUUUAUAUGUGGUAGUAGUGAAUUUGGUAUAGUGGGUUCUCAUGACAAUGCCAUCGGGAAAUGUGGUUUUAUCGGACAAAAUGCAGUUCCCUAGUGGUGGUGGCGGUGGGGCCGUUGGAGGCGGCGAGAUCCCCCAGCACCACCGUCAGUGGUUCCCGGACGAGCGUGAUGGAUUCAUCUCGUGGCUGCGCGGAGAAUUCGCAGCUGCAAAUGCCAUUAUAGACUCCCUUUGCCACCAUUUGCGUGCUGUUGGGGAGCCAGGCGAGUACGACGUGGUUAUCGGGUGUAUCCAGCAGAGGAGGUGCAAUUGGAACCCCGUGCUUCAUAUGCAGCAGUACUUUUCGGUUGCCGAGGUGAUUUAUGCACUGCAACACGUUGCCUGGAGGAGGCAGCAGAGGUACUAUGAUCCUGUAAAAGCGGGGGGCAAGGAGUUCAAGAGAUCUGGUGUGGGGUUUAACAAGGGCCAACAGAGGGCUGAGGCUUUCAAGGAGGGACAUAAUUCUACCCUAGAGUCUCAUAGUAAUGAUGGGAAUUCUUCGGGGGUUGUGGCUCCAGAGAAAUUUGAGCGGGGGAGCGAAGUAGGUGAGGAAGUUGAGCCUGGUGGGGAGGUUGGGAAGUUAAAUGAUAAGGGUUUAGCGCCCGCUGGAGAGAAAAAAGAUGCUCUUACGAAACCUCAAGAAGAUGGCAACUUGAGGAGUUUCGGGGAUUCCCAGGGUACCAUAUCUGAAAAUUCAGAACCGGAAGUUGUAGAAGUGGAUGGUUGCACCCCAAGCACUAAAGUGAAUGAAUCACAUUCGAUCCAAAUUCAGAAUCAGAAGCAGAACCUUUCCAUUGUCCCAAAGACUUUUUUGGGCAAUGAGACAUCUGAUGGAAAGACGGUUAAUGUGGUUGAUGGACUGAAAUUGUAUGAAGAUUUUCUCGGUGACGCAGAAGUCUUGAAACUUGUUUCUUUGGUAAAUGAUUUGAGGGCUGCCGGAAAAAGAAGACAAUUGCAAGGUCAGACAUAUGUGGUCUCAAAGAGGCCCAUGAAGGGACAUGGAAGAGAAAUGAUUCAGUUGGGCAUCCCUAUUGCAGAUGCUCCACCUGAAGAUGAAAUUUCUGCAGGGACCUCCAAAGAUCGGAAGAUAGAACCCAUCCCUUCCUUGCUGCAGGAUGUUAUCGAUCGCUUAGUUGGGAUGCAUGUUAUGACUGUGAAGCCAGACUCUUGUAUCAUUGAUGUCUAUAAUGAGGGUGAUCAUUCGCAACCUCACACAUGGCCGUCUUGGUUUGGAAGGCCUGUUUGCGCGCUCUACCUGACAGAAUGUGACAUGACUUUUGGGAGAGUAUUAUUAAUGGACCAUCCUGGGGAUUAUAAAGGCUCCCUCAGGCUUUCUCUUACCCCUGGAUCCAUCCUGUUGAUGCAAGGGAAAUCCGCAGACUUUGCAAAACAUGCAAUACCUUCCAUUCGCAAGCAACGGAUACUUGUUACUUUUACAAAGUCACAACCAAAAAAAUCCACAACGAGCGAUGGUCAACGUUUUCCUGCACCUGCUCCAGCCCAGUCAUCUUACUGGGGUCCACCACCCAGUAGAUCUCCGAAUCACAUUCGCCAUCCUACUGGUCCCAAGCACUAUGCAGCAGUUCCAACUACUGGUGUAUUGCCAGCCCCACCAAUACGUUCUCAACUUCCACCUCAAAAUGGCAUCCAGCCAUUGUUUGUGCCUGCCCCGGUAGGACCAGCCAUACCUUUUGCUGCAGCAGUUCCUAUCCCACCUGGUUCGGCUGGAUGGCCAGCAGCUCCCAGGCAUCCUCCACCUCGCAUCCCUCUACCUGGCACCGGAGUUUUCCUUCCUCCCCCAGGUUCAGGUAACUCAUCAGCUCCUCAACAGUUGCCUGGUACUGCAACUGAAAUGAGCCCUACUGUUGAGACUCCUUCCCCGAGAGAUAAAGACAAUGGAUCUGGAAAAUCCAACCACAGUACAAGUGCUUCUCCGAAAGGAAAAUCGGAUGGGAAAGCUCAAAGACAAGACUGCAAUGGAAGUGCAGAGGGGACUGGCAGCGGAAGAACAGCCGUUAAGGAAGAAGAACAGCAGACCUCUGACAAGACGGCAGCAAGCAAUCAGGCUGGAGCAGUUUAGGAGAGUGAGAGAGAGAGGUUCUUAAGAAGAAACAGGGUAGGCUGCAAACUGCAAUGAGUUGGAAACAAAUGUAAAGAGCGGCAAGAGUGAAACCAAAAAUCAUACUAGCGAGAGGAACAGGCGGAAGAACUUUUUCAGUUCUCUCUGAGAAUUGAGAUCCCUUGUCCUCUUCUUUUUUCCCCCUUAUUAUAUGAACUCUUAAAGUAGGUGAAAAGCACUCUUAAUCUAUAUUUGGCCCUUUUUCCUUAUCUA